AGAGAUGACCAAUGGUCUAAGGUUUCAUUAAGAGGCUAAUCGGUCCUUUGUAAAUUAAGCUCCGGCUGUUUGGCAGACUUCAGUGUGAACUUGUAAUACAUACAAUUAUCUUAUCACACUUAUCUCAUCAUCUGAAUUAAACACAUACACACGGAUAGUCUCAAGAUACUAACAGCUAUGAUGGAGCACAUUAACAGCUGUGAUGAUUCACAUAAACAGCUAUGAUGGUGCACAGGCUAAAGUCUUAGCGUAUUGGUCAAAUUAAAAAAAGCAUAGCAGUGGAUCAAAGCCCACACCAUGUUUCGUAAAAACCAAAAUGGACUAGCUGUACUAUUUUGUAUAGCAUGUGUGACUCUCUGUCAGAGCGUUUCGGCAGCGACAUAUUACCGCAGCAGAUACUAUAAAACAUACGCUCCUGCUAAAGCAGCGACCAAAGACAGCGGCUCAAUUUUUCCUCACCCUUCAAGACAUGGGUCGGCCACAUCGACGUCUUCCACUACAGCCAGAGAGGCUUUCCAAAGAGAAAUGUAUCCCGCAAGAAACAUAGAAACAAAGCGGCAGACUUCAACAACUAAAUUCUACCAGCCGAUACCAACAAUGAAAUUAGUGAAACCGACACCAUGGCCUGAUAUAAAGAAAAAUACAGUCACGCAAAAACCAAAUCUGAUGACACAGCCUUUAAAAGUCAAUGAGGCAACAUUAAAAACAUUGACGGGAAAUUCAACUACGACUUUCAAAGCAGACGAUGUUAAUAUGACCAAAGGAUCAUUGCGUUAUACGGCUUCCCCUGAUUAUAAACCCAAUUUCAAGAUAACAUCAGCACAACAUAAUGCAAGCAAAAUUAAUCCUGAAAGUCGUAUCUUUGCGUCGCCUAGCUUAGCAUCAUCAAGGAGUACAGCGCCAAUUACUCAAUAUUUUACUUCCGCUAAGCAAAAACAUAAAAACAAUCAGGAUGAUAUAAAAACUACAAUUUUGUUCAAACGAGACAAUUUCGAGGAUUCCCCUAACACACCUUCAACAAAUAAAUUGUUUUCUUUUUCACAACCUACACAUGAUUCAAACACACAAUUACCUUCCAUAGACAACAAGGGAGAUAAAAUGGAGAGCACCCCUCCACAAAAUACAUUUGUGACUAAAGAUAACUUUAAACAAAGUGUCACGGAGGCUAGCGACAUUUUUCCCACAUUCUCUGACAGUGUCAGAGGCAAUGGUAAAACCACACAAUCAAAGGAUGGAUUCAGGGCGGAAACGAAGGACUCCACAUCUAAGAAUACUAAAAGCAAAACAUUGAAGCCCACGUUAAAUAUAGAACAUACCGAAAUAUCUUGGUAUGAGCGAAGGUCUUCUACUGGACAUAGAAUUGUGACUAGUGGAAGUACUGACGUUACACAGGACUCCAAGUCAGAGCGACAGUCUUCUUCUGGACUUAGAGUUGUGACUAGUGGAAGUACCGACGUUACACAAGUCUCCAAGUCAGAGCGACAGAAUUCUUCUGGACUUAGAGUUGUGACUAGUGGAAGUACUGACGUUACACAGGACUCCAAGUCAGAGCGACAGUCUUCUUCUGGACUUAGAGUUGUGACUAGUGGAAGUACCGACGUUACACAGGUCUCCAAGUCAGAGCGACAGUCUUCUUCUGGACUUAGAGUUGUGACUAGUGGAAGUACUGACGUUACACAAGUCUCCAAGUCAGAGCGACAGAAUUCUUCUGGACUUAGAGUUGUGACUAGUGGAAGUACUGACGUUACACAGGUCUCAAAGUCAGAGCGACAGAAUUCUUCUGGACUUGUUGUGAUUAGUGGAAGUACUGACGUUACACAGGUCUCCAAAUCAUUGAGGAACUUUUCUAACGAAAGAGAUGUAAGCACAUUGUCCUACAAGAUACCGUCGCGGUCAGAACCACAUAGAGUAAUAACAGCUCAUAGUAAAGAUAUAAUGUCUUCAAGUAGCUCAACUCCUGAAGUCAACGAAAAUAAAUUAAAUAAGUGGGAAAUAAAAACCCAGAAGUCCUUGGAGGGUAGAACGCAUUCCAAGUCUAGUGCAACGCUUAACCCUUUGGAAAACGUGGGAAAUAAGUUUUCCAGAACCGGCGAAACUUUCACGUCAAGCCAACAAAGCCAAGUGGAUACAAACGUAAUUAGCAGAUUGACAACUGCUACCGUCAGAUCCGAAGAAGUAACCACACGGGAAAGAUCAACACCCACAAGUGCAACUCUUAAAACCACCUCUACAACAACACCGCUGAUAAACACAUCUACAAGGCUUGAAACAGAAGACUUCAACAACGGGAAAAAUAACAGGGACAAAAGUAGACUUCCAGACAGAAAGGAAACACAGACUACCAUCGGCAGCAACAGACAUGGCGGAGAUACGACCACAGCAACAACUAAGACUUCAGGUGAGCUUAGCCAGCAUUCUGCACCACCAAGUUUUUCAACUCCACUUAACACAACUACGUCUAAAGUAAAUAACAAACUGGCAUCUAGUACAGGUCAAUACAAACUGGCAUCUAGUACAGGUCACUACAAACUGGCUAAUAGUACAGGUCAAUACAAACUGACUAAUAGUACAGGUCAAUACAGUCGCUCUACACACACGCGCCUUACCAUACCCUUCAGUUGGCCAGGAGACACUUCCGUAAAUAAGGCUCUUGAGGAUGACGGAUCUAGAAGUUUAAAUAGGACAUUUGGCCAAACGUCCAUUUCCACUAGCAAAUCUACAACACAAGCUCAUACUAAUGCGACAAUACUUCCUGUAAUAUCUUCAACUAUAACCGCUAUGAAUUCUUCUUUGUCAGAUAAAUUAAUUAUUACAACGGUUCGCUCAGUAUGGCACGAUAAAAAUUUUUAUGAAUUAAAAUUAAAAGAGUAUUUUAAAGCCCUGGAAAAAGUGUAUAAAAAUACUUCUGCUGUACCAGAAGAAAAAUCCACAAACGUACCGCUCUCUCAAAGCAGUUCUGACAAAUUCCAAGUAGCAACUGAUGCCUCAACAACAACCGAUGAUUCUAAUAAAGAAAUAAAGACACAACCAUUUCGUAAAGAUGAAUUGGAGGGGACAUGGAAUAAUAACAAUAUCAAUGAUGAUAAAAACCUCGAGAGAGAUGUAUCAUCCAGUUUUAAGUAUAAAAUGUCACCAGGUCCUAACUUUAAAUCAAACAUGGAGCACUAUUCCGGAAUAACGUCACCAGAAACUUCUUCAGAAUCCAAGUUUUAUACAUCAGUUGAAAGCAUCGCCACUACAAAUAGUGUAACGUCACCGGAUAAUUUAGGUACGCAAUUGCUUCAAAGUACUGCGAAAUUUAAUUUGAAAGUUACAGAUACAUCGGAAAUACCUUCAAACAUACCAGUAACCAGAGCUAUGUUGGUGGAUGAAAAGAUAUUGCCGUCGGUAACUAACAGUGUCGACAAAUCAAUAAAAGUCAUACCGAAAAAUAUUAAAGGGGAAUCAGCAACAUUAAAAGUAAGCAACACUCCUGCAGAUUUAGCUAAAUCAACAUUCUCAUUGCCAAAGGUGUCAGAAACAUUUACUCCAAUACACACCAGAAAGAUAUUUGCUAUCCCAACAGACAGUCUUAGAAGCAGAGACCCAAAGAAGGCUCCAGAGCUUUCAACUUUAUCAUUUUUAGAAAUGAAAGGAAAUAAUAUGACGACAUGGACAAAGCCAAUGGCAAGCACUCCAAUACGUUUGGUUGCAGAAACAUCAACCAGCACUCCCGAAAAUUUACUUACACCAACUUCACCUAACUCUCCAGAAAGAAAGACUACAGCAGCAGCAUCAAGUACAAUACAGUCAACUACACCCUCGAGCAAGUCCAAGCCUAUAACUUUAGAAAACUCUGAGGCAACAGCGUCGACAUCUCAUAGUAAAUUUGAGCCUUCUAGUACAGUUUCAAAGAUAGUUAAAAAACCAACUUCUUUACACAACAGAGCAGCAACAGUCCCAACAACCUCAUUAAAAACAAAACUGUCGUCUGCUACUUUUUCAAACUGCACUACAACAGCAACGACAACUCCAGAAACAACAUGGACUUUUUCAAACGUAUUUAACAAAUCACUGACAUUGACAACAUCUUCACCAUUAACUCACGAAACAUCCAAAACUACAUCAGAAAUAGCAACAAAAACAUCUAUUACAUCAAAAACACUAGAAACCAAACCAUCAAUAUCAAGUUUAGCACCAACAACAACAAGAUCCACAACAACGUCAGCCCAAACAACAGAAGUCAUUACAUCAACCUCAGCAGUACCAUCCGAACCAUCUACAGCAAUAUUUACAUUAUUAACAAAACUAUCCCAAUUAAACACAACUAAAAUACUUAAUAUAACCCAAGUUAUAACAACAGAAACAACAGCAAUAAAAACUGAGCUUUCUGUAACAGAUCAGAUAAAAACAGAUUCAUCUACAAAAUCCGAAGCAUUCACAACACAACUUUCUCCAAAAACCGAAGCAUUCACAACACAACUUUCUCCAAAAACCGAAGCAUUCACAACACAACUUUCUCCAAAAACCGAAACAUUUAAAACAGAGAAAUCUACUCAAAGCCAGGCUAUUACACAAACAUCUACUAACCAGGUAUCACUAAAAAUUGAUUCAGUGACCACAGAGUCAUUCAAAACAUCAAAUACACCAUUUACUAAUAUGCAGGCAAUAACCAAUGAACCAUUUACAACAAUAUCUGAAAAAACAACUGCACCUAGCACGGCCAACUUGCCGAGAAUAAAAUCUAUAUAUUUUCAAACACUUCUAGAAACUACAGAAAAAUCCUCCUUUCUGCCAUACACAACAAAUACCAUCUUCAUCACAACACCACAACCAACAUCACUGCCCGAUUCAACAGAGUCUACCAGCACCUCAACAUCAACAUCUCAGCCCGAUUCAACAGAAUCUAUUAUCACCCAUCAUGAUACAACAGAGUCUAUUAUCACACAGCCCGAUACAACAGAAUCUAUUAUCACACGGCCAGAUACAACAGGAUCUAUUAUCACAUCUCCAUUGCCAACACCCCAGCCUGAUACCACAGAAUCUAUUAUCACACAGCCAGAUACAACAGAAUCUAUUAUCACACAGCCAGAUACAACAGAAUCUAUUAUCACAUCUCCAUUGCCAACACCCCAGCCCGAUACAACAGAAUCAAUUAUCACACAGCCUGAUACAACAAAAUCUAUCAUCACAACAUCAUUAUCAACACCUCAGGAAGUCCUUCACAUAGGUAGUCCAUGUUCUCCAACAAGAGAUCGUUGCUCCAUGUUUGUCAACGACACUGUGUGUCUAGAAUAUAAGUGUACAUGUACAUGGUACGCUUACCCCGUCUUUAAUGUCACAUGCAAAAAAUAUUCAACUGAGGACUUCACACAGGUCCGUAUUCUCAAAGUCACCAACGACAGCAUACUGCUACAGCUGCCGACAAUUAUGUCCCCAGACCAUCGUAAUGUUUUAGACACUGAAAUAGCCUGGUCAUCGCCAAGCUUCUCUACUUCAGUAUGGACACGUAUGUCCACUUACCAUCUGACCAGUCUGGUACCUGGCACAGUCUACACAAUCAAAGUGCAGAUUGUAAUGAAGUCACACCAGGACAACUCUAGGACGUUACAAGUGGACUUUCCCUUGUUGUCGGCCAUGACAGAUCCACCGGAAGUUGGUGAGAUGUAUGGUGACACCGGGCAAGACGGCAUUUUAACAUUCCGACCUCCUGGUGGACAUUUUGACGGAUGCGCCGCUUCAGUGGUGGAAUUAGACUGGUUCAACCAGUCUGUUGGACACACUCAGUGGACAAACUUUAACUGCACACAUCUGAACAUUGACCGCCCUAAGCCUGGUUACAACUACAUAGUGAGUGUGUGUGUGAAUGUCAGUGAUGGUCACUUGGUGACCAAGUCCAGCAGCUGGAGGACUUUCUUUGUAUCGCUCACCGGUGGUGUACCAGGUAAAGUGGAAGAUCUCACAGUGACAAAUAUUACUAGCACUUCGGCCCUAGUAACGUGGUCAGCUCCGAAAGUAACCAAUGGCUAUAUCACUUCAUAUGACGUCAUUCUGAGGUCAUCUCAUUGGCAAUGCUAUGCCACUUUGACUAAUGCCGUUAGAGAAACUACCCGGCAGUCUGACCAAAUGAAACUUCAUUACCCACUGUGCUCGGUCGAGAGGGAAUCACGUGGAAAAAAUGAAGGAAUAACACUGAUGAACUUGACUUUAGCCACUGAUUACGUCAUCAGUCUGGUGGUACACAACAAUUUCAACAGCAGUCCAGCAGCAACCAUACAUUUAACUACAGCCUCUGAAAGGCCAUUGUCUCCUCGAGACGUCACGGCAGGAACAACAGCCUCAUCUGUGAUCAUAAGAUGGACACCACCUUCAAGAUAUCCAGGGCCAACUGAUUACGUCAUAGUUUUGACAAACUCUACUUCAGUGAUAGGUUAUCAUGUGACAGGUUAUAACAGCAGCAGUGUAAAGAUUCCUAACCUAAAACCGGGCACAUGUUACACAGUACAAGUUAGGUCCAACACGACACAAGGCACAUCAACCAAUGUGACACUACACCAUGUAUGUACACUGGAAUCUAAGUCCGACAAGGUGACUUGGUUGAAUGUCAGUAGUGAUCCUAGAAGUAUUCACUUGGCGUGGACGUCUCCAGAACAUGUGAAUGGACGUCUGCAGGGCUACGUCAUCUACCUGUGGGCAGGUGCAGUGUGCUUGGAACAAGUAUUGCUGUCCCCUGACAUGCCAAUCCAGCUAGAUGAUGCACUGAAAUGCAACAAUAAGACUAGAGUUUCUGCUAUCAGUCUUGCCGACAGAACGGCGAAAUACACAAUACACCAAUUAGUAUCAUGUAAGCAGUAUCUUGUCAGUAUCGCUGCUAUUAAUGGAGCAGGGGUUGGGAUGACGUCAAACACAACAGUCACCACACCACCACAAGUGCCAUCUAUUUUGCUGAAAUGUAGAAGCGAAGCUCCUGGAGCCAUAACUUUUCAUUGGGAACAGCCGCAGCAUUCCAACUGCAACAUCUCUUAUCAUUUGAGUCUGUACAGAGGCAGCAACUUCUAUACCAGCAGUAGCAACACUUACACGGUAACUAAUUCGACAGAGACGUUACACACUUCGUUGACAUUUGAGAACCUGGACAUUUACUGGCCACACAAAGUGAUACUGAAUGCGUCUACAUCAUUUGGCGCGUCCAGCAAUGUUCACUCUGAUAUCUGCAGAUCCCGAAGUGAUGUUCCUGGCCUUGUUAGCAAUGUGAUAGUGUCGCUGCCUACAAGUGAUCAACAUGUUACUGUGACCUGGGAAUGUCCAACAGAACUAGAUCGGCAUGGUGACAUUCAGGAGUUUCAUGUCAGUGUAUCAGCUGAGUCUCUUCAGAGACAUGACUUGAGUGACACUUUAACUAGAAAACCCAUACAUUCCACAAUAUCUGCUGGAAGACAACCCUGCCAACGCCAGUACAGUUUCUCAGCCAAAAUGUUUCCACAGAUCAACUAUACACUUCAGAUACGAGCCAAAGUGAAAGAUGUGGACCAACUGGGAAAACCUGAAACAAAAAGUAUUUAUUUACCUGCCCAAGCUCCACUAGCUCUGCUGAAUACAGAUAACUUGUUGAAGCACUGGACAUCUACUGACUCAACAAGCAAUAGUUCCAUGAGUGUCAAUAUCUGUCUGAAGACUUUGAUGGACAACAGUCAUGGAGAAAUAGUAGCUUUUGGUGUUCUAGUGGCUAUAUGCCUGGAUGAGGCUUGUGGAGCAGACACAGCUGAGCAAUUUAACAAAUGGCCAACAUUCUAUCAAGAUCAACUAACAUGGAGUCAAGCCAAGGAAAAAUCUUUCACCCAAAGCUACCGAGCUACAGAUGAGAGCUGGGAGCAAUUCAUACGAAAGAGUCACACAGAAAAAGUUAGCAAUGUCAACUUUACAGUUGGUGACAAUGCCAGUUGUGACAUGUCCCAUAAGGAAGUGUUUUGUAAUGGACCUAUAUCACCUGGGCAGCAUUUCAGACUUGAAGUAUUUUCUUGCACCCUUGGUGGCUGUACUUCAGUAAGUUUACCAAGGCUAUUUUACUCUUCCCCUGUUCACACUGAAAGUUCUUCCGACUCAAUUGUCAUAGGUGGAGCUGUAGGUGGGAUGACUCUAGCAGCUGUAGUGCUCAUCAUUGUAGUAAUCAUCAGACUGAGACGUAAACUAAACAAAUUUCACAUAUUAAGUCAUUGUAAGAAACGAAACAGUGAGUUGUCCCAAGUGGUAGCUCUGAAUGAUAUAGACGUUUGCAAGGAUGAUGGGAAAUCAAAACCAAUUAAAAUACGAGAAUUUGAAUCUACAUGGUCCAAGUUAACUGCAGAUGAGAACACCUUACUGAAUUUAGAAUAUCAGGAGCUGGAUGAAUUAAGUCCAAUCUACUCCAUGGAUGUUGGCUCUGAUCUGGAUCACAGAGCAGACAACAGAUGGACUAACAUUAUCCCUUUUGAUCACAGCCGAGUGAAACUAAAAGUCAUCCCAGAGGACCCACACGCACAGCAUGAUUAUAUUAAUGCUAAUUUUAUAUCGGGUGCUGACACAAGCAGAGACUACAUAGCAACCCAGGGGCCACUGACUAGAACUGUUGCUGACUUUUGGAGAAUGGUUUGGGAACAGAAGGUGUCUGUGAUUGUCAUGUUGUCAGACUUUGAAGAAAUGGACAAGAGAACCUCCAUGAUGAGGGAAAAAGUGGCCAAAUAUUAUGAGGAUGAUGGUGAGUGUAACACAGCACAGCAUGGUCACAUGUUGAUUACCAGGACCGGGAAACUAGACGCAAAGGACUGGGAAAUUCGAACCCUUAAACUGACUCAUACCACAGAAAAGAAAAGUCGUUUUGUAAAACAUUUCUUCUUCAAAUACUGGAGUGACCACGAGGCAGACAUCAACCCUGAAGACUUGAUUGAGUUUGUCCGAGUGGUCAGAUCAGAGACCAGCAGUGAGCCACCUGCACCAUUGGUUGUCCACUGUAGUGCUGGUGUAGGAAGAACUGGAACAUUUAUCGCAGUUGACUACUUCAACAAGCUGAUCACGCGAAUCAAACAACGUGUGGAGAAAGGAGGCUCAGCCAGUGAGCUGGACAACUGGACAGUGGAUAUCUUUGGAAGAGUGCUGAGCAUGCGAGAGAAAAGAAGAUUCAUGGUGCAGACCAGAGCCCAGUAUGCAUUCAUUUAUAAUGCUGUCAAGGUAAUGCUGACCCAGGCCUUCAAUCCAGGAGAGCACACAGCACGUUCUGGCCAGAGAGAACCUUCAGGACCAGCCAGAGAAGACGCUGUUUAUGAUGACGUAGACUCACUGAAAGGUCAAGUAGCUCCAGAGUCCAUACCUACCAGCACUCUUUAAAACAGAAUUUGUCUCAAAGUGAAGUUUUUAAGGAUUUUAAACUUUCUAAUGGCUAUUUUUAAAUAAUGGGAGCAAACUUCAAUUUUGUUUAUAAAGCAUCAGAAAUGAAUACAGGAACAUUGUAUUCAAUAUGAAUCUACAUUCGAAAUCUUAAACUAGAUGUUGACCUAAAAAUAUUGUCUAAGAUCUACUAUACAUUCAAUGGUCAUUGACACAACAUGCAGUUCAAUGUACCAGAAGAGUACUUUUUAUUGGGCAAUGGCACAACCUGCACUUACUGUUGCUCUUUAUCUAUUUUACAUUUAAUGAUCAAUAUCACAGAGUGUGGAAUAUUUAUGAACAGUAAAUAAUGUCAAGAAUUCAAUAUAAUGUAUUAACAAUAUAACGUCAUAUGAAUAGUUUUCAUGCAAUGCCAUGCAUAUGUUGGAGGUCUAUGUUGGGAGAUUGGUUUGUAAUGUUCAUGAAUUAACAUUUUCUGUUAUUUGUAUAUAUUAUUACGUCUUUUAUUUAUUGUUAUGCAUAUUGCAUAGGCAUAUAUGUAUAUAAUAUGUACAUUAAUGUAAUGAAAAUGAAAUAAAUGUGUACAAAGGGAUGCAAUAUAUAAUGAUUAUAACAAAAUGUAUAUUUAUACAACAAUAUGUGUACCAUGUUAACUCAUCAGCUGACAAUACUCUGUGCAGAUUGUUAGAAACAACAUUAUUAUAUACAUUUAAUAUUAGUAUACAAUUUCUGAAUGCUUUUGCCACAAUUGUCAGCAUUUAUCAAAGCUAUUCAUUAAGCCAAAAUAUCCAAAUUGAUAUCUAACAUGUUUGUACAAUAUAAGAUAAAAUAAGAUAAGAAAAUUUUAAUGGUCCAAACAAAUGUUAUUCAGUUUGAAUGCCAUUGUCCAUCUUAGUAUUACAAUUAUAACAAUAAUAAUAUAAAUGUUAAUAAAACCGAAGACAAAACAACACAUCACAAACACACACACACAUGACCAGUGCUUGAUGAAUUGGGAUUCUGUGUACUUCUCAGAGACGACAAAUGACCUUGAAAAACCCUCGCUGAAAGUGGAAUAAAAGAGUUUUAAAAAUCUUUCUGUACUAGUCUUAUUGGAGAGAAGCUGAGCACUUCAUCCAGAUCUGAUGGAACUGUAGUUUAAUGGGUGUAGAUUAUUUUUAAAGAUUUUAUAUGUUUUAGUAAGGUAUCACGUUCUUCAAGUGUUGGUAGCUAUCUUUGAUUCUUCUUCUGUCUAGCUUUUUGCUGCUGAGCUGUGAGCUCUUUUGCUGACUUUGCCAAGGAAAAAUAGUGUGCUAUUCUCUUCAGUUCUUCAGCUCUGCCAUACAGGGUGUUGGUUAUGUUGGGCUGUAGUGAUAGUAGGAUCUGCCUAAGGUGGAUUAGGAAGGGGCAUUCAAAGAGAAUAUGGUUUAUGGUUUCUACAAAGGGGGGAGUUGUGUGAGAUGUUUUGUUAAGAUGGUAAUUUAACAGAGGUGUGGGUCCUGUUCUUAGUUGCAGGGGAGGAAAUUAAUACUGUCUAGUUUGGUCUUUAGUGAUAUAAGGUAAUGUUUAAUUAGUCCAAGGCUUUCUGACAGAGAUCUGUCAUCUUCAAACACUUUUGUAUUUUUACUUGUCUUGUAAGUUAAACAAUGUUUAGGUAGAUUAACAUAAGCAGCUUGUUUUCUUGGUUUUAUUUGUAACAAGUAUCUUAAGAUACUUUUCUUUGUUUGUAAAAAAUGUCUAGAAAUACUUUUUUUUAUUUGUAACAAAUGUCUAGAAAUACUUUUCUUUAUUUGUAACAACGAUCUAGAAAUACUUUUCUUUAUUUGUAAUAAAGGUCUAGAAAUACUUUUCUUUAUUUGUAACAAAGGUCUAGAAAUACUUUUCUUUAUUUGUAAAAAAUGUCUAGAAAUACUUUUUUUAUUUGGUUUGAAUCUAGUUAGUAAUUAUUAGUAAUAAUAAUAUAUAUAAUAUGAUGUUCUUAAAAUGAAACCUUUUUUUUUUAUUUUGCUCAAAAUAUUGAAGAAACCAAAGAAAAUUUAAGAGAAAACAUACAUUUGAAUUUGUUUAACUUUUGUUUUAUUUAUUUAUUUAUUUUUUACAAAGAAAUUAUUAGAUCAAAUAGUUUGAUGCGUUUUUGCUUUUUACAAAUGACUAAACUGUUUUUGUAUUUUUAAAUUUUUUAUUGGACAGAAUUUUUCCUUCUCCCAGAUACCUCCUCCCCCCUCCCCCCUUUCCAUCUGGCCCUCAAAAAGGACCAUAGCACAUUAAGUUAUUCUAUAAGCAUUAAAGCUACAUGAAACAAUAACAGUUGAUACAAAUAUUUCCACUUGAACAAAUUAUUAUCUAGAUCAACUAGAAAUUACUUACAUGAUUGAAUCAAAAUAAUUAAUGCAAUUUCACUCAAUAUAAGUGUGACUUCUAUUUAAUUAUUUAUUUUUUUUUAUUUUAUCAAAAUUGUAAGCUCUGUCAUCCAGGGGGCUUAGGGCUUUGCACAUUGGGGUUUUGUGCCUCCUCGUGUGGCCGGCGAGACCUAAGUGUGGUAAAGAUAUUUGGCAGCAUACUGGACAGGUUAUUCCUUGUUUCAAUACCAUUGUUUCAUAAUGGAUAGUCUGUAUUUUUUAUAAUCUCUUAUUCCCAAUAGAAAAGAAAGGAGUAAUUUAUAGGUACUUUGCAAUGAAGGCUUUCUGAGACAUUUUUUUUUUAUUAUGUUACGAAUUUAAAAAAAUAAUUUUCAAGGGGAAAUAAAGCAGCAUUUUCUAAAUAAAAUCUUAUUAUUUCCCUUUAUCAAGCAUAAAAUUCAUGGUGUGUAUCUCCACACCGGUCACUUCACCGCCAAUGAAAUAAAUGCUUAUAGGCUAAUGCAUUGAAAUGAACAA